UGCAAAAGGACCCUAUUCUACGCCACUUUCUCAUACCAAAAUGACCGUUGCCGAGUCGGUUAAGAGUGCCGUUGGACUGGCGGAUACCCCCGCCACCCGCCAGGAGAUGUCCGAUGCUCGCCUGCCUAUUCAGUACCGCGACUCUUGUGGACACCUCCUCAUCCCAUUGAACCGAUGCCGGCAGCAGGAGUACUACCUUCCGUGGAAGUGCGAGGAUGAGAGACACAGCUACGAGAAGUGCCAGUAUGAAGAAUUCAAGAAGCGCGUUGCCAAGAUGGACGAGCUGCGAGCUGCUAAGAACGGUGCCCGGAGCAAUUGAUACCAAACACAUCGGCUUAUGCAUUUGAUAUGGACGAAGCAGCAGGUUAUGUACAUAAAGUUCUGAGAUUGAUUGAUCAUGCACCGACUUUGGCGUUCGGAUUGAGAAUAAGCUUGCCGAUACUAUCCCGUUGUAUUUCGGACUCACAAGGCUAGCAUCUUGCCUGUAAUUCAUGAAACGGUCGCCUCUCGGUGUGAUGCGGACCAGGUGCUUCCAUCCCUCCGAACGAUUUCUAUGUAUGAGAUCGCUUCGGGAAUGCGCAAGCGAAGCAUUGAAUUUGUCCGCUAGUCCAGCCUUGCAUAAU